GCAGCAGACGCAGCAGCACAAAGCGCGGGGUCGGUCGGAAUGUGAGGUUAGGGUUUGCACGGCAUAUGAUUUGUGUCAGGAGAUGAACUACGGACGUGUGACAAAACAAAAUCGAGGCAACUUUGCCUUUUUUGUCAUAAACAACAGACUAUGUAACGCUAAAUAAUUUCAUAGCUGUUUUCCGAUUUUCUCUUAGUGGAACAGUUGAGUCCCAAAUGUGUGACACAACCGCAAUUAUUGUUUGCCUGAGUCACAGCUGGCCUGUGCUUAUAAGCCCUGGGGAGAGAUUAGGAUCAGUUCUGAGCAGGAGAGGAGAGAGUUCUGAGCAGGAACAGACGGAGUUCUGAGCAGGAGAGAGUUCUGAGCAGAAGAGGAGAGAGUUCUGAGGAGGAGCAGAGAGAGUUCUGAGCAGAGGGCGUUCUGAGGAGGAGCACAUAGCAGUAGAGUUCACAUACAGCAGUACUGCUCUUCCGAUGGGAUCCACGGCAACACGCAUCGUCGCUAUGGUCAUGCUGGGCAUCGCUGCCCGCUGCCACGACCCCCCCCAGCGGAGCAUGGAGAGCUUCAUCGCGGCGGUGGAGCAGGUGGAAGCGUGGAACCCGGAGCUGAAGGGCGUGGCCCUGCUGAGGAGCCUCCGGGGGUGGGGGGGGCUGGACGGCCCUCUCGUCCGACACUUCCUGGGUCCCCCCAGCGAGGAGGCUCCCCCCACGCUCCCUUCCGCGGCGUCCGACUUCUUCCGGAGCAUGAUUGGUCACCGGGUCACCGAGGCCAGGGAGGAAGAGGGCGUGGUCCUGACGCAGGACGGCACCACGGUCGCCCUGGCUCCGCUCAUUUUGGGCCUGGAGGCAGGGCUGCUGGCGGGGGAGGGGUCCUCUCUGUCGGGGGUGUACGCCCUCGCCCUGGCCCAGACCCUGGGCCUGUCCUUCCUCCGCUCCCCGCUCCCGGACAGCCUGGGCCCAGAUGGCUGCUGGGAUAACGUGACAUCGCCGCGGGCCUUCGCGCUCUCCGGGACGCCCUCCCUGGCGACGGACGCGCUCGUCAACGGCGGGAUGGACGGCGUGGUCCUCGGGACGGAGCUCUUCGGCCACGCCCCCGAGCGCCCGCCCGUCCUGAGCGGCCUCCUGCGGCGGUACUACCAGCACCGCCUGCGGGACGGCGGGUUGGGCUCCGCCCCCCGCCUCAUCAGCCCCCGCCGCCGGCAGAACUUCCGGGAGCUGGUGAGCCCCGCCCUGCUGCGGGAGCAGGUGCGCGAGGCGCUGGCGCUGCGCCGCCGCCUGGCCGAAGACCCCGCCCUGGCCCAGGGGGCGGAGACCGAGGCCGCCGCGCUCGGCGCGGGGCUGGAGCUGUUCGUCCGCAGGUACACAGAGUGUCCCGCCAUCAUCCCGCGGUGCCAGUGGGAGGCGGAGCCGUACCGGGGCACGCCCACCCUGCUGGCCCUGCCCCUGUCCUUCCUGUACGUGCACCACACCUACGAGCCGAGCCGGCCCUGCCUGACCUUCCAGCAGUGCGCCGCAGACAUGAGGUCCAUGCAGCGCUUCCACCAGGACGACCGCGGCUGGGACGACAUCGGAUACAGCUUCGUGGCGGGCUCGGACGGGUACAUCUACGAGGGGCGGGGCUGGAACUGGCGCGGAGCUCACACCAAGGGCCAGAACUCCCGCGGCUACGGCGUGUCCAUCAUCGGGGACUACACGACCGACCUGCCGUCCCGCCCGACUCUGGAGCUGGUCCGGGACCGGCUGACGGCCUGCGCGGUGGGCGGGGACCGGCUGAUCGCCAACUACACCGUCCACGGCCACCGCCAGCUGGUCAACACCUCCUGCCCCGGCGACGCCCUCUUCUCGGAGAUCCAGGGAUGGGCGCACUUCAGGGAAGUCCAGCCUUGAAGAUUGGCAACAUGAAGACACCAGAAUAAGAAAUAAAAUUAGUUUCUUAAGCA